UUUUUGCCUUUUUUCAACAUUACAUUACAUUAGCCAUGAGUUGUCAUUCUUGCGGAGGCUGUUUUACGGGUUCCGGUUGCUCAACCGUCAAACUCUCGAAAAAAGAAAUGCUGAGCGAUUCUGCACGCUUUCAGUCACUUCUUGAUCUUGCCUCAUCGUCCCCCUCAAUUGAGAGCACACAACAUGAUCAUGUGAUUCCCACCAUCAUGUCGCAGCUUUCGAAAAAUGUGUAUUCGUCGCAAACAGUGCUGUUUAAGGCAUACGACGAAUUGGAUUUGCAGGAGUUUUUAAAGUUGAGCCAAGCAUUGUAUCGAAACCAUAUUUUAGGUGUUCAUAUUGCUUGGGCUGCCGAAUACUGUCAAAUGAAUAUGAAAGAGUUACAGAAUGCCUUGCAGUUACCUGACCCGUUGCUUUUACAACACUGCGAUGAUCAAGCCGAAAUUCAUGAAAUGUUUGGUCAGUUGACAACUGGAUCCGUAGGAAGAGUACAACAGCAACAAUAGAUUAUAUCCCCCCCCCUUCUCCUUUUUAAAAAAAAAGAAAUAAACCCUUCACCCCUCACUUUUUUUACCUUAAUGUAAAUGGAUGCAGGAGAAUGUGUGUAACAUCACUGGAA